GGCUUGCUCUGUUGGUACUGUCCAAUGUAUCCUAACCGAACCGAUUUUCGUGGUUUUUUAAUUGUUUGUCGUUGGAAAAUUUACGAAAAUAAAAUAAACGUUUCACAAUACAUUUUGUAUUUGAAAUCUUUUCGGUUUUUCUAACUGUCAAACAUUAAAACAAAGCUUUUGAAUCGACAAGAUGUAUCCACAAUAUUGGGAUAAUGGCGUGUUUUGGAUUUUAAAAUGUAGAAUUAUGUCAGUAAUCAAAAAGGAUUAUGAAACUUAUUUUGUGUACACUAAGGAAAAUAUAUCAAGGUACUUAAAUAUCCUACAACAAUCAAGACACAUUGUAAUGAACCUGUCCAUGGCAUUAGGCAUAGAAUGGGCGCCCAUAAAUGUACCAGUUUCACGAAGGCUUCAGACCCUGGCGGCCACUGGCUGGAUCUGCCUUGUGCUCUUCAGCGAAGCAGUUGCUAUACUUCUAUUUAUUAAAAUUAUUUACUCUUCAUAUUGGUACUUGGGCUUGCUGUAUGCAGUGUGGAUGCUAAAUGAUAUCGACGUAUGUCAUAAAGGAGGCCGAACAAUCCAAUGGGUACGAAACUGGGCGUGGUGGCGUUACUAUAGAGAUUACUUUCCAAUAAAACUUGUGAAAACCGUUGACUUAGAACCAAGUAGGAACUAUCUCUUCGCCUGCUUUCCACACGGCGUUGUCUGCUCUGGUGCCUUCGGAGCAUUUGCAACGAACGCCCUGGAUUUCCACAAAGUUUUUCCUGGCUUAAGUUGCCAUAUGAUUACCUUGGCUGGGCAUUUUCUGGUUCCCAUUUUCCGGGAGCUUUUACUAGCGUUUGGGACUUGUUCGUCUUCAAGGGAAAGUUUGGAGUAUCUGUUGGAUAUAAAACGCAAUCAAGGAACAUGCGUGUGUCUGAUUGUUGGUGGAGCAGCUGAGGCUUUGGAUUCACAUCCUGGGGAGUAUAAAGUGAUAUUGACCAGACGAAAAGGGUUUAUUCGGGUUGCUAUGAGGUCCGGAGCACCCAUAGUCCCAGUGUUCUCCUUCGGUGAAACAGACGUGUUCAGACCCCCUCACAAUCCCCAGGACAGCUUCCUACGCAAAUUCCAGGAGAAGGUGCGUCAGCUAACGGGAAUUUCACCCAUGUUUCCUAUUGGAAGAGGACUCUUUCAGUAUUCAUUUGGAGUUCUACCUUUGCGAUCACCUAUUACCACUGUCGUUGGCGCACCUUUAGAAGUUGAAAAGAAUCUCGAUCCAACAGACGAAGAAGUAAACACCUUGCACGCUGAAUUCACAAAACGACUAAUUGAUCUCUUUGAGACUGAAAAACCCAAGUAUUUGAAGAACCAUGAGAAAAUAUCAUUAAUUAUCACAUAGAAGUUUGUGCGUUUUUUAUUUCCUACCAUUUAUUUUUAAAAUUUGUAUGUGAAUUUAAAUAGUAAAACUGCCAAUAGUAGGAACGUAAAAGAUUAAUAAGAAAAAUUCAGGCACUGCAAGCAAAUUUAACAAAAUUUACAGGCGGUAUUGCUUAUUUAUCAAUGUCAUGAAUAAACCAUGUACCUCAUAUACUUGGUAUUAAUAAUUCCAAAUGAUUUUGUUUUCUAUUGCAAAUUCGAUAAUAAUAAUUAAAUAAUUGAGUGAAUUAUAUUAAGUGUUUUUAAAAUAGAAUUAGCAACGCAUUUAUUAAAUUAGAACUAAGUAUUGAGAAUAUUUCGCGUUGGAAGACAUAGCGUAUGAUUCCUGGAUGUAAAUGGAUUAGAUUCACAUUCGGAAGACUGUCUCGACACUGAAUCUUGGUUAAACCCCGCGAGAACGUCUCUUGGCAUCAGGGCCAUGUGAAAAAAAUCUCUAUUCACAAGCGUGGCAAUCUAACGCUAAAGAAAUUUCUAUGGUGAUGAUAUUUGCUCACGCUUUGUCAUGUGAUCAAUUUUCAUAUAAAUUUGUUUGGCGGUCACGCGUAUCGAGAAGUAUAUUCGUCUCAAGCCCCUGUAUAGUUUACCAUAACAU